AUGGGUGGUGGCUCUGGUUGUAAGAUUUCUAUGUUGUGGAAUUGGUAUACGAUUGAUUCUUGCUUCAUUGCUAGGUCGUGGCAUGUCAAGUCCAAAGGAGGAUUUGCUGGUUCUUGUAUUGGUGUAUUCUUUUUGGUUGUUGCUGCUCAAUGGUUGCACAGAUUCUGCCGUGAACUCGACAAAUCGUUUGUGAGAAAACAUCUUGCCAACAAACUUGCUUCAGAAAACUUCUCCUCCGAAGACGAGUUGGAAAGGCUGAAGAUUGGCGAAUCUGCAUUCUGUUUUUUACGUUGUUUCACACCAGUGGGCUACGGUGACAUCACCGCCGAUUUCUUUGAACACGCCGUCAGAACCUUCUUGUACACUGUGGAAUGGGGCUUGUCUUACAUUAUCAUGUUGUUGUUCAUGUACUACAACGGAUACAUCAUCAUCUCGUGCAUCUUGGGAGCUUUGGUUGGUAAAUUCAUUUUCAGCUACAAAGAACCAUUGACUGUCGAUGACGCGGAAGACAGAAAGUGUUGUAGAUAGAGAUUGCAAAAUAGCCACCAGUUGCAAAAAACGAAGUCGCAAAUUUCUGCACAACUUAAAUGCGCAGUAUUGCGUCUGAAUCGGCACGCUAUAUACGCUCUAUCUUUUCACGUCUCUAUCUUU